UCAGAAAGCUUGCAACAAAAUAUUUACCUAAAAGUUAAACCUACAAGACAGCAAAUUCAGAACACUACAAAAAAAUUACCAAAUAAUGCACAAAAAGAUAAAUUUAAUGAGGAUUGCAGCAAUAUUGCCGAAGAAAUUUGGUACUAUGUGUCUCAGUAUAUACCCCCUGAAGACAUACGUUCCUUUGCGUUAAUUUGUAAACAAACAGCUGCAUUGGUAAACUCCGUAUACUUUUGGAAAAACAUUUAUCAACGCUAUGUACAUAAGAAGAAAAAAACUGGUGAUAUUUGCGAAAAGUUAAUUCCACAAUUUCAAAUCAAAGAUAUGAGCCCUUCGGAUAUAAAAUCCUUACGUGCUAAUGUUAUAAAAUAUCUUUAUCUAUAUUAUGAGCCACUUUCUGGAAGACUGGAUAGCUUCGACUCUCUCCAAUAUUUAAUAGGACGCAUAUACUGUGCAUCUUGGUACGUUGAAGUUACCGAAUUGUAUAUUAUGUGUUUUAAACUAAAAUCUCAUUACGCACAUAACGUUAUUGAAACGCCAAAAAAAACCGAGGCAGUGGUAGAUGAUUGGGAGUCGUUAUCAGAUGAACACAACAAGGAUGAUACUACAACCAUUCCUAAAUUUUGUAAUCCAAAUGAGGGUGAAUGGAUAUUAGCGAUAUUUUGCAAUUAUUUAAAACCAUUUCCUUCACAUCUUUUGUACGGAAACUGUAAUGCUUGCCGUCUGAUAUCUGUGAAAAAAUUUUUGGGUGCAGGUAUGCGAAUCAAAGGAAUAUGUUUAGAAUUUUCUGAUACAAUUAGUAAUGAGAAAACUAUUGUUAAGUAUCCACAUGCGUUGUGUAAUGCCGUCUAUCCUUGGUGGUCUAUCGAAUUUAAAUAUCUUGUAGAAAGUGAUUCUGAAAAGUAAAAAUAAAGUUAUCUAUAAUAAUUUAUUUGUUGUUACCAAGCAUACAUUUCAAUAAUCUAUUUUAUAUUAAAGUGAAUUAUUCGCAUCUUAAAGCAGUUUUAACAAAU